AAGAAGAAACGCUUCGUUUACUUCCGGUUAGCAAUCAUGGCGCAGGGCUCACUGAAGUUUAAAGAGAAGCGGCCUGCAAGCACCAAGAAGCCUCAUCACAACAAACAGAAAGGGCCGAAGAAAGGAGCGAGGACCAUUGCACCCAAGAAGUCUCAUGUGGUUGAGCAGCAGAAACUGAAGAAGUGUCUGGAAGUGGCCAUCAGGAACAACAUCGAGAGGGAGGUGACCCACAAGGCCAGCACCUCCCUCCAUAAGCCGCUGAGUGUGGUUAAAGGAGCGGAAGUUCAGAGCAAACCAGGAGCAGUCCGGCCAGCGACCAGCUCCAAAUAGGACCAGAUACACCAACUCGCACCUGCAGACCGGAACCUGGUGGUGUUAAAACACAGAGGACUGAGAUGAAACCUCAGUGACCUGCAGUUAUUUUCAAAUGUCCCCUGUCCUGUGCUUCUUUUUAUUAAAGUCACACCGAUAGACAUUUUUGAAUGAAAUGGAUCACUGGGCCAUGGACAACACAUAAAUGUCCAUUUGGGGGCACCACAUAUAUUCACUGUAAGGAUUAAAACGGAAUGAACACAAGAAACCUUCACGUCUUUGUUUUUGAUAAAAAUGCAAAUUUCUGUAUAGUCGCAACUACACAGAAAAUAUUAGUCAAAUGAGACUGAUGGUUCUCAAGGAACAAAGUGGGCUGAACCUAAUGUUUGAGAAGUAGUUGGUAGUGACUGUCUUAUAUCAGCUUUCUAUAUAGAACCUAAUAGUUUCUGUAAAUAUUGAAGGAUAUUGAGAUCUGUUGUAAGCAUGGUCUGAUUAUGACCUGGAAAUAAAGGCUGGAUGAUGAA